AGCUUGUCCGAGGUGUUUCGUUGCUUCAUUUGUAUGGAAAAGCUGCACGAUGCUCGCUUGUGUCCACAUUGCUCUAAGCUCUGCUGCUACACUUGUAUCAGAAAAUGGAUAACGGAAACGCGGUCUCAAUGCCCACACUGCAGGGCAUCCCUCCACAUCUACGAGCUUAUCAACUGUCGUUGGGUGGAUGAAGUCACACAACAGCUGGAAAGCCUUCAGCAGUCUCAGUCAGCCUCGUGUCGUUCCAACAAUGGUCAAAUUGAGAACGGUGACCCAAGCACAAGCAGCGACAAGUGCGGGGCACAUGGAGAGCGUCUAUCCGUAUUUUGUUCUACAUGCAACAACGUCAUAUGUCACCAGUGUGCCUUGUUCGAUGGCAAACACGAACAGCAUAGUUUUCGUCCGCUGGAUGAAGUGUACGACGAACGCGUGUUACAAAUCGAAACGGAAAUGAACCUUGCAAUGGAACGACAUCUAGAUUUGAUUUCACUCUCUCAGGAAGUCGAGAAGAACGUAGAAACGGUAAAACAGGCAAGAGAGGAACGAGUUCGCGAGCUGCGUAGUGCAAUCGAACUGAUGAUCACCCGAUUGGACUCGCAACUCAAGUCCAAACUUGUCACCCUCAUGGACCAACGCAACCAACUGUCCCAGGAAAUCGAAACCCUGGGGACCUUGCUAACGUCAAUCAAAGUCAAAAUCGGUACGAAAUCGCAUGCGGAAGUUGUUGCUCACUCUUCCGAAUAUUUGAGCGCGAUUUCUGAGAUACAUCGCAGAUCACUGACAGCAUUUGUCAGUGCCCCGGUACCGGCUGAUUUCGUUAGCGAAAUCGUCCCUCCAUAUGAGUCCAGCACGUUCACACUGCACAACUAUUCCAUCCUUCGUCAGCGAGCGGACCCAGUGUUCAGUCAACCACUUCACAUCGGUCGUCUGAGCUGGCGGAUCAAAGUAUACCCGGAUGGUAAUGGUGUGGGCCGAGGAAACUAUCUUUCGGUCUUCAUCGAACUCACGACGACUCCUAUAGAACCAUCAAAGUACGAAUACCGCAUCGAAAUGGUUCACCAGGCGUCACGCGAUCCGGGUCGUAGCGUUGUGCGCGAGUUCACUUCUCACUUUGAAGGCGGCGAAUGUUGGGGAUACAACAGAUUUUUUCGCUUGGAUUUGUUGGCCAGCGAGGGAUAUCUAGACGUUGAAACGGAUACGUUGGUUAUCAACUUUCAGGUUCGUGCCCCUACCUAUUUCCAAAAAUGUCGCGAUCAACAGUGGCAUAUCGCGUAUCUGGAAGCCACACGAGGUCAAUGUUUCUCACAACUAGCGGAAUUAAAGGAACGCUUGGAGCUGCAAAUGACACAACAGGCCACACAACCCAGCACCUCUGAAGACGCAGCAGUUCGGGACAAGUCAGUGCCGCAUGAUUUCGCUUCAUCUUCCGUCAUUACCGGCCAGAAUGUGGCAGUUACAGCUUCCGCAGGAGAUGACGAAUCACGCAUUAUCUCAGACACCGCGAUAUCAAAAUAUCCCAUUCCAGAAAACGCUCCAAACCAGGCUGGUGAAGGUAAUUUCACAUCGCGCUCAGCAGAUGAGGUACCACUUGGUCGGGCAUCAGAAUUAACUGGGCCACACUUACCUGGCUGGUGCAGCAUGCUUAACUUCCCACUGAAUGGCUCAGAGCAAGGUACAGAGAGUGAUGCGAUCGCAUCCAGUCGAACAACACAUGAGGACGAUCGAUCGGCGGGAUUCGUUAACAGUCCAUUAGAACCUUCCAGUGCCGAUGUUGUGGAGGAAGAGAGCGAUUCUGAACAGGGCACUGAUCCUAAUUUUCAGAUCAGUGAGGUAACGGCACAACCAACUUCCUUCAGCUACCCACCCCAACCCACGGUUGAGCCUCUUUUAGGCUUACUCGUAUCAUCCAACACUCAAAAUCUUACCCGGUCCAUUCUGUCCAGUGUUGACCUGAGCCCCUUCACUGCCUCGUAUGACAGCGAAGAUCAAGGGAUAAUCGGUCUGUUGCCUUCCCAAGAGGCAGCCGAUAGGAAUCAUAUGUAUGAAACACUCGGAGACGGUGCGGAGCAUAGGGAUUCUGAAGAGGAGCGCAGUAACUUGGAGGAACCGGUGACCCAAAGUGAACACUCAGGUGACGCUGCUCUUCCGGGGUUAGUAGAACAACCAGUUGAGUUUAGUGAAGGUGACGACGAUGGGUAUGAUGCUAAUCAGCAAACAGGAGGUAGUGCUAUGCACUCGCACCACAGCAUGGAACAACAUACGGAUGAGGAUGACUAUCAAAGUUCUCAACACCAGGCUGACGAUACAGACGAGUAUGAAUCCCUUUCAGCCGAGGAUAGCCCUAGGACUCGAUCCGAACCCAACCUCCGAAAACCCCUCAAUCAAACUGCUGCUUCAACAUCUGCGACAACAGCUGUUGCUUUUCAGCUUGCUCUGAACACCUCUAGCAGUUUUGAGAAACCUUUUGAUUUUGAUUGCGAAAAUGAAAGUUCCGUGGAUGAAGCCACUGAUGACCACUUUGUUGCUUCAAGUCAGCUCAACAGCGUACACUGUCCUCAUGCCUCUUUGAAUCCCGAAACCGUAUAUCAAGCGGCUGAUGAUGGCCAAGACUGUUCAGGGAACUUCAGUCUGAUAGAAGACAUGUUGUGUUUACCGGCACCACGAAACACAACACCCAGUCGCCAUCAACCUCAUCACUGUAAUGGCAACCAGAAACGGGAUGCUUUCCGUCGCCGAAGCGAUCGUAAUAGUAGCAGACUGUUCCGCUUUCGAUUCACGCCCAAACCACGCGGUAGCGGUGUUGCUGCUGGUGUUCGUAGCAACCUUAGAUUUUUUAAUAACGGUCCGGCAAAUCGCUCCAGACAUUUCGACGGAUCACGGACGGCGAUUUCCGAAUCCGUGUUUACGUCAAUAAACAGCUCUGAUGAGCAGGAAUGUCAUCCGGACAAAUCGAACUGGCACUGGAAUCGUGCAAUACCAACUUCUCAAGCUGUAAAUGAGCAAGGAAAUCUUAACUAUGGAUCCGAUCAUGUUACACCGGCCCCAUCCUCGAAUUCCGCAUUCCGAUCCCUCGUUCACACCACACGAUUUCCCGGGUUGAGCGCACAGACUGGAAUAACCGAUCAGAAUAAUGAUUUUCUUUUGGUACAAGGUGCGUGCGCUGGAAUUCAUCAGACUGACGAUCUACUCACAGGUGAGGACUGUAACGCCGUUCCGGUAUCCCUUGCCAAUCGCCUUUUCUUUCGACGCCUGAAGCGACUUUCAAAGGAGACACGUUUGUUGAAACAAUCUAUCCAGAACUUGGAGAAUGACGUGGAUAACGAAACAGGGACAGGGGACCGAGAUGUAAGUGAACAUGCGGAAGUGGUUCACUCGCGUCGACCAACCUCAGCAAAUGUGUCUACUUACAGUAACCCAAUAGCUGAUGAGCAUAUCCGCAGCAAACCGCGCUCCGCCAUCCUCAGUAGUCGGACAAUGGCAAAGGCUAAGGCGACAACCACUUCGCCUCAAAUGGCUGUCAGCUCCAACCUAUUGGGAUCCAAUGCUUGUGAAUGCAGGUUUUCUGAUACGCCCCGGAUUCUUCUGAGCAAUAGAUCGACAGAUGAAUCGCGGGGCUCAGCUGCACCUGGCCAUUCGAGACGAUCGUCAGUUCGAAGCGACAAUGAAAGUUCGAAAGGAGAAAUACAAAAUCGUGGACUAUUGGAAAAAUUGUCAGCGAACACGCCAUCUCGAUCAGAACGACGUCUGCACGAGUUGAGCGAGCACAAUUCCCCGCCCUGUACUACCCCAACGUCUUUGACCAAACCAGAGGAUCAGCUGAUCAGUUUCCAAUGUGAGUUGUCUGUUGCACAAUCACCAUCAUCUUCCUUGUUCUUCUUAGUCCAUUUGAUGCUUUUGUUUUCUAUUUUAUCUGGAUUUUCAUUUCUGUGUGCAUCUUCGAAUUAUGCCCCGGACAACCAGAAUACGUCUUUACAUGAUCGGCUCAGUUCUCUGGCUCAAGUUGUCACUGAAGAAGCCGAUGUCAGCUUGGCCAUGUUAUGUCAUCGUAUCAGUCGGCUGCAAACGGAAGCUGAAGCAGUGGCCAGGGCAAUUACGUCUUCUGACCCUUCCCAGUGCACAACCAUAGCUCCGCUCAACUCCGACCAGUUUUCUCGACCCACGAUUGAGGAUAAGUCGGAAAAAUCUGGUCCUAAUCGACAGGGUGAUACUUUGAACAGUAGUUCAACGAAUUCGGUUGCUGUUGUUUUGACAAACUGCGAAUCCCAAUCCAAUGGAGCAUCACCGCUUCGUUACAUAUAUUCUACUGGGAAUCGGACAGUGCGGUUACGGCUUUUCUGUUACAUAGACCUAAUCUAUAAAAUUAGUGAAUAUCCUUUUUCUCCCCGCCAAACUAUUUACUUUCUUUCCAUCAUACUUGUGUGUUUCUAUCCGUAG